CCAGAAUCACUGGCCUGUCUGUCAGGCAUCCAGUUCCUCCUAGUACCAUCGUUCUUUCCCAAUCCAGCAGCACUCAUUCACCCGUUUUCUCAUGCUGCUUUCUCGAAUUCCAAGCGCUAGCUCCACUCUUUUCCUCUUCAUGCCUCCCCUAUUACCUUCGGUCACUCAUGUUCUCACUGCCCCGCCAUGGCCGCUUUGAACGUCGCCCGAUGCCCCGCGGACAUAGCGGGUGCGACUAUCGUGUCGGCCGACGUGUCAUCGGACCUCAGGCUGUUAGCCGCCCACCUGUCGUGCGGCGAUGUUGCUGUCUGCACUCUCGGCAGCCCCGUGCGCCCUGCUGCUGCCACCGCCCAUGUGCUCUUCCGCGAUCGCGCCGACCGUGCCAGCGAAGAUGCCCAUCCUCACACGCCAUCGCACCAUCGCCUUGUCGCAUGGCUGUGCCCACGGCAGCAGUCAGGCGAGCCGUGCGACCAGGGCCAGUCGCACGACCGAAUUCUCGUGCUGCUCCGGCCCCGUCGUGUGUCGUUGUACGCGAUUAGAGCAGGCACGAGUCCGUUGUCGGGGAGUCCCAUGGCGGCUGCAUCAGCCCAGGCCAUGCGGGCACGUGGCGGCAGGGCGGGCGUGCGAGUGGUGCUGUGGCCGGGGUGCGUGCGCGAGCACGACUCCGCUCGCACUGCCAGCGACGCUCUGGACCUGGCGACUGGCGCCGCAGAUGCGAUGGGAGACAGUGACGGGUGGCAGAAGCUGGCAGGGGGGGGGGAGGCGGCAGCGCACAUGAGCAUGGGCGUGGGCAUGCGAAUGGGGCUCAGCAUGAGCGCAUGGCAUGCGGACUUUGACUCCUCGCUGUGGCACUGCCUGCUGGCCGCCUCUGGCGCCAUGGCGGCGGGCGCAGGCGAGGGCAGUGAGAGCGAGAGCGGGCCGUGGGGGUGUCCUGUGGAGCAGGUGGUCGCCGUGGGGCUGGACGCCCACCCGCACGCCUCGCACCUCGCGCUGCUGCUCGCGCCACGCCACGCGUACUCGCACAUGUGCCUCUCGCCGUCCGCGCAGCGCUGCCAGGCCCCCCUGCCAGCAUGCACCACCGUGCUUGUGCUGGCCGUGGCAGGGGGAGCCACAGGGGACGACGGGUGGCAGGGGAUGCAGGGCGAUGUAGGAGGAAUGGCGGGAGGGCAGUGGGACGAGGUGCCGGGAGAGCAGGGGCGCAGGCCGCCCGUCGUAGUGAGUGUGCAGAGCUGCAUUCACCUGCACGCUGUUAUGGCCACCCAGCACGCCCCGGCCGCCAUGUGGAGCGCCGUCAAGCUGCAGGGCGCGUGGCUGUGCGCGCUGCAGCCAUCAGGCGCCAUGUUCACAUGGGAUGCCGCCUCCGGCCGCCCCAUACACUCCCUGCUCCUCACACCCGCCGGCCCCGCGCUUCCCAUGCCCAGAACUGGCUGUGCCACUCCCCGUGCUCACCACCAGCAUGAAGCACACCAGAAUGGCAGCGUCUGCAGCAGUGAGAGCAGGCCAGCCCUUGGCGCAGAGCGGUCACUUGACCCUGCGGCGGGUGGUGUGGGGCAGUUUGUGGCUCUGGUGCUGGGGUGCCAUGGCAGGCUGCUGUGCGCCGUCACAUGCACAGGCCUCGUGCUCACUGCAUCGCUGCAUGCGCCCAUGCCUCCCCAUGCCCCGUCGCCUCUCCCCGCACCUCCCGCCCCCCCCAUGCGUUCUGUGCUGCUGUGCAGCCCUCUGGCGUCAGGCCGCCUGCUAGCGGGGCUCAUACACGCUGGCGGGCCGGGGCAAGGGGGGGCAUGCUGUGGGGAGGACGGCAGCGGUGCAGUGCUCACAGUGGCUGUGCUGCACUCACACCGUACCCUGGCAACCGCUGCUCCUCGCGCUGCCACCCAUGCCAUCCCUCCAGCAGCCAAGGCUCAUCUCGGUGUCUAUUCGUUUCUGCUCUCCGUCUCACAGAAUCACUCUACUCUCACGCAUCGCCCCCUCGCCCCCCUCACAUCCCCCCUUCGCUCUCUCUCCCUGCCGUCCUCCGCCCUUCCCCUGCUCUCCUGCCACCGCCUCCUCUGUCUCUCCAACCACCGCCUGCUCCUCCUCCUCCCUGACCACCUCCCUGCCCCCCUCCACCUCGCCUCCUCCGCGCCCCUCUUCCCCAUGUGCCACCUGCCCAUCUCCUGCUCCCCCCUGCCGUCGCCCGCCCCUGCUCUCAGUCUGCCCCCUGCUCUGGCAGCCCUGCAGCUGGAGGGCGUUCCCGCCCAGGCACCAGGGGAUGGGGGGAAACAGGGGGAGGAGGGGGGGAGAAUGCAAAGAGGAGGCUAUUAUACAAGUGUGGUGGUGGGGGGGAGUGGUGAGGUAGAGAGAUGGGUGGGGGCGGAGAGGCAGGAGGAUGCAUGGGUGCGGAGUGUGAGUGAGGCGAUGGGGGCGGUGAUGGCGAUAGAGGGCGAUGUCAUGAGCAGAGAGGACCUGGGCGGCACCGCAUUCCUCUCGCUGCUGCACCACACUGCACAAGCUAAUGGCUGGUCGGACUCGUGUCUUGUCCUGCAGCACGUGCGCCUCUGCCUCGACCUCAUGUGCCCCGCACCCUCCGUUGUCAGGCUGCUCUUCCUGCUGCACGGCAUCAGCGCCACCCUGCAGGUCAAGGCCUUCCACUGCCUGCUCGCCUACCUCACGUUGCACCUGCCCCUCGCGCGCUUCUCUCGCUCCCACGCCAGAUACACCUCCAGUCUGCUGUCGCACGCCAUCCGCGCGCUGCUCCAGGCGCUGCUCCUGCACUAUCACACCGCGCCCGCCUCGCCGCACAGGGCCCGCCGCCCCCAAUCCGCCUUGCGGCCGCGCGGGCCACAAGGAGCCGGCAGGCAGGGGGGUGUGGGCAAGGGUGAGGCACGAGAGAAGAGGAGAGGGGGAGGGAAGGGGAGGCAGCAGUCAGGGGAGGCGGUAUCUGAGGAGCAGGCGGCGCAGAAGGCGAGCAUGGAGGCCCUGUCUGACGUGCUGCUCACUCUGCGCCGCCUCCACACUGCCGCCACCCGCCUCGCCGCCCACCACGCCACAGGCACCGCCACGACGGCUGCCCCUGGAAGCACUGCUGGGGGGGCUGCAGCGAGUCAUGCACGUGCUGAGGUGGGGGGAGAUGGGGUGCCAGCACAGUCAGGGCUGCUGCUGCUGUCUGCGCCGCAUGCCUUCAGUGCAUCGGAUGCCCCACAGGCUGUGCUUCCCCCUGGACCUCUCUACUCCCGCUUGCCCCUUCCCCACCUCGCCCCCUCCUUCUUCAUCGUGUCCUCACUCCCAGAUCGUCCCGCCCCUUUCCUCGCCUCGCUACCACCCCGCCAACCCACCACCCUCGCCACGUCUACGGCCCAGCCCCUCGCCCUGCCGUCACCAUCUGCCACUGCGUCCGCCAUAGACAUUCACUCCCUGCAGCUGGCAGGUCUUCCCUCUCACAGCGCGCCAAUGCGUGCAUGGAUGGAGGGCGGGCAGCACGAGAGUGUGCGCGCCAUGCUGCAGCGGUGGCAGGCGGAGCAGUGCCCCUCAGAGCGCGUGGUGAGCGACGCCAUUGCGGCGUGCCGUGUGCCCCUCGCCGUCGCCUUCCUGCACCACCGCCUGCAGCAGCACUCACACACGCAGCCCGCCAGGAUCCAGGGGACACGUGGCGACGAGCAGGAGGUGGAGGAGGAGGAGGAGGACGAGGUGGAAGUCGGGGAGGAGGGAGGGGCAGAGGCGGAGGGGAAGGAUGAGGCAGUGGGAUGGCAGGAAGUGGGGCGGGAGGGCAGGGAAGAAGCAGUGCAUGUGGUGCAGGUGGAGGGGCGCAGGCUGGCGCUGGCGUUGCUGUGGCACGGCCAUGCGCCCAUGGCAGCGCAGGUGCUGCUGCGCCUGGGCUGUGACGUGCACGCUUCUCUGCUGGACCUGCUGCUGCGCACCUUCUCCUCGCACCUGCGUCGUGUGCUCUCGCACUAUCUGCACCACCACCACCUGCUGCCUCUGCCCCUCGUCCACUCCCUCGCCUGUACUCAAGCCGUCCAGGACAUGUACCCUCUCCAGUCCUUCGCCUCUGCGUAUCGCCUGCGCCGCGCCUCCUCCACCGCCUCGCUGCCACCCCACCCUGCCACGUGUGCUCAACCAGGUGUGCCCCCCAGCACUGCCCUGCGCUCUGGGCCUGAGGGCGGGCCUGCAGCGGGGGAGACAGGGGGGCAGCGGGAGGGCCCUCGGGCUGUUGGUGGCACAGGGGAGCAGGGAGGAGGUGAGGCAGGCACGGAGGGAGGGGGGAGGGGGAAGGCAGGCAGCGGAGGGGCGGGGAGAAGGCGGGCGGGAGAAGGAGAGGUUGGAAGUAGAGGGGGUGGUUGAGGACCAGAGCGCUGUGAGGGCGCUUGACGCUUCUAGUGCUGUGCUGCCGCACGGGUUUGCAUGUGUGGCGGCUGCCUGGGUGCAGCACUGGGACUGCGAUCUGCUGCUGCAG